AAGUAUCAGGGCCAUAAAUAAGAGGGUCCUAUGUCAGGGAAAUUAGAAGUCUGUUAACAUAAGCGAAUAGUCAGACUGAGCAUUAGAGGGCUUUUCUAAACCAUUUAAGUCUGUUGAAAUUGAACUGCACAGAGAUUAGAAAGUUUAGAUAUAAGAUCAACAGUAAGAGACUAUUUUCUUUUAGUUGGCCAGUUAGCCGUGUUGAAGGCAGCAUGAAUCCUGUGCACAGCACCUUGUUGUCUUCAGUGCUUCUUUUCACCCUCAGAAUUCAGGAGCUGGUAGAGGCAUGCAGCUGUGCCCCUGCACAUCCACAGCAGCUAAUCUGUGAUUCUGCUUUAGUGAUUCGUGCAAAAAUAUCCAGUGAAAAGGUGGUUCCUGCCAGUGAUGACCCUCUUGACACUCACAAAAUGAUCCGGUAUGAAAUCAAACAAAUAAAGAUGUUUAAGGGGUUUGAAAAACUGAACGAUGUUCAGUAUGUCUAUACUCCUUUUGAUUCAUCUCUCUGUGGAGUGAAACUAGAAGCUAACAACAAGAAACAAUAUCUCCUCACAGGCCAAAUAUUAAAUGAUGGUAAAGUUCUCAUCCAUUUAUGCAAUUACAUUGAACCGUGGGAUGAUCUAUCCUUGUCUCAAAAGAAGAGUCUUAACCAGAGGUACCAAAUGGGCUGUGGCUGCAAAAUUACUACCUGCUACAUGGUGCCCUGCUCAAUCACUACACCAAACGAGUGUCUCUGGACAGACUGGCUGAUAGAAAGGAAGCUGUAUGGGCACCAGGCCAAGCAUUAUGCCUGUAUCAAGCGAAGUGAUGGCACUUGCAGCUGGUACCGAGGUGGCCCCCCGCCAGAGAAAGUGUUUACUGACAUCAGCGAACCUUAAAAUGAUCACUUCCUAAAAAGCCUGGGAGGCUAAUUCCAUCAAACGUUGCACGCUCACAGCUUUGAACAGCCAACAUCUUAUGUAUCUGUUGCUUAGAAACAAAAACAAAUUGUGCUUACAAGUAAAGUACAGAGUUUGUGGAAUUGGCACCCAGGCAAGAAGAAGAACAAAUCUCUUGGAGGUAGCUUAUAAAGUUCUGCUUUGUAUACAGGGGCUUUAGUUGAGAAUGGUCCUCUGUGUUCUCAGAGGCAUAACAACUUUCCUUUUUACCAAUAUGAAUGUAGAAGAACAAAAGAAUGAUCAGAUUUUUGCCCCCUACU